GUGAGGGGCCGGUGCAACAAUCGAGACCUCAGGGGAACCACCACCACCACCACCAUCCCUUAACAUAACCAGGGCCAUCCCUCAUAUUCGCUCCAAGAUGGGCAGGAUUGUCUUCUACGAGGACAAGAACUUCCAGGGACGCCGCUAUGAGUGCGACAGCGACUGCUCGGACUUCCACGCCUACCUGAGCCGCUGCAACUCCAUCCGGGUGGAGAGUGGGGCCUGGGUGGUGUACGAACGGCCCAACUACAUGGGCUACCAGUACGUCCUGAGCCGGGGGGAGUACCCAGACUACCAGCGCUGGAUGGGCCUCAACGACCGCCUCAGCUCCUGCAAGAUGGUCCACUUCACCAGCGGGACCCUGUACAAAAUGCAGCUGUAUGAGAAGGCAGACUUCGGGGGCCAGGCCUUCGAGGCCAUAGAGGACUGCCCCUCUCUCCUGGAGAAGUUCCGCUGGAGGGAGGUCAACUCCUGUAAGAUCUUCGACGGCUGGUGGGUCUUCUACGAGCACCCCAACUACCGCGGACGCCAGUACUUCCUGGAGAAGGGGGAGUACCGCAAGCCUGGCGACUGGGGUGCCGUCAGUCCUACGGUCCAGUCCUUCAGGCGCUUCACUGAAUGAUUUAACCUCCAUCCAAAACGUUGAAAGAAAAUAACCUAAAAAGUUGAUAUUUUACUUUGAUUUUAAUUGACUAUUUUGUGAUUUGAAACUGAGGUCUCACAAAUAAAAAAAAACUGUCCAGUAAGCAGA